CUUUCUUCAAUAGAACCAACCUGUAUUGAAACGAAAGCAUGGGUAGACUUAUUGGAUUGGAGCUUCAUAACUUCAAGUCGUACCGAGGUACGUCGGUGAUCGGGUUUGGUACGUCAUCGUUCACUUCAAUCAUUGGGCCCAAUGGUGCUGGGAAAUCGAAUAUGAUGGAUGCCAUUUCGUUUGUCUUGGGGGUGAAAUCAUCGCAUUUGAGGUCAUCCAACUUGAAAGACUUGAUAUACCGAGGCCGUCGUGGUGCCAAUAGCUCGAUAAUUGAAAAUACAGCUGAAGAUAUUUCACGAGAUCCCACUAAAGCACACGUUAUUGCGAUUUAUGAAAAAUCUAAUGGAGAGCGAUUGAAUUUGAAACGGACGAUUACAGCAAAUGGUAACAGUGAUUAUAAAAUCAACGAUAAAACGGUGACGGCGUUGCAGUAUUCAAUGGUUUUGAAAGCAGAAAAUAUUUUGAUUAAGGCUAGAAAUUUCCUAGUUUUUCAAGGUGACGUCGAACAGAUUGCUGCUCAAUCCCCUAAAGAUUUGACUAGUCUAAUAGAAACAAUUAGUGGAUCCAAUGAGCUCACUAGUGAAUAUGAAAGAUUAAAAGAAGAACAAGAUAAAGCACAUGAAUUUUCUACUUCAGUCUUCUCCAGAAAGAGAACUUUAAAUUCUGAAUCUAAACAAUAUAAAGAACAACUUAUCGAACAAGAGCUAUUUGAAAACAAAUUGACUGAGAGAAAUAAACUUAUCAAAAUGAUUCACUUGUACAAGCUUUACCAUAGUGAGCAAAAGCAUGAUAACCUCUUGAAUGAUUUGAAGGAUAAGAAAAAGGAAUUGAAGUAUUUGCAAAACAAACUAUCGCAAGAAGAAAAAUCUUAUAAAAACAUCAUUUCAAAAUAUUCAAAAAGAGAUCUUCAUGUGAAGAAAAUAGAUCAACAAAUAUCAGACUUGACUUCUAAAUCCGAGUCUAAAACUAGAGAAUUAUUCCCUAUUCAAGCAAGUAGGAAAUCAUUGAUUAGUAAAAUUCAUUUGUGUGAAGGAAAAAUAAAAGAUAUUCAAGAAGAUAUAACAAAGCAAAAACUUGAAAAGAAAAAGAUCGAAAAGAAACUUCAUGAUACGAGAAGGCUUUUCAGACAAUUUGAAAGCAAAGCCAUUGAAUCAGCUAAAAAUUCCACUAUUUCAGUAGAAGCAAUCAAGGAAUAUGAGGAAUUAAGAGAUGAAUUUUUGGCAAAUGGGGGUUCUCAAUUGGAACAGGACCUCAGUUUGUUGUUCAAUGAGAAAGACUUGAUAAGCUCCAAUAUUAAUAAUUAUAAUAAUCAAAAAAAUAAUGCUCUUUCUAGAAUAUCAGAACUAGAAUCAAUUAUUGGUAUUGAGUUAAAACCUAAACUUGUCGAUUUAACUACCGAACUUAAUGACCUCUUGACUUUGAAAAGAGAGAAAUCAGACAUGAAAGAUGGUUUGAUCAAAAGAAAAGAAGAAGCAAAUUUCGAAGAACUAGAAUUAAAUACUCAAUUACGUAAUGUAUUGAUCAGAUUGGAUGAAUUAUCUUCCCAACAAAGAGAAUCAAAUAAACAAAAAAAAUUGAGAGAAAAUGUAUCCAUGUUGAAGAAUUCCUUCAAAGAAGGUGCUAUUAGGGGACUCGUUUAUGAAUUAGUUCGUCCUUCCCAACAGAAAUUUGAAAAUGCUCUCCUGACUGUAUUAGGAAGGAAUUUCGAUGCCAUUAUUGUUGAAAACACCUCCACUGCUUAUAAGUGUAUUGAAAUUAUGAAAGAGAGACGUGCAGGUGUUGCUACUUUUAUACCUCUUGACUCAGUGGUUAACGAUCCUAUUAAUCUUAAUUAUUUAAGAACCGUUCAUCCUCAUGCCAAACCUGCAAUUGAUAUAGUUGAUUUUGAAGACGUUUCAUUAGAAAAGGCUAUCAAGUAUGUUGUUGGUGAUACUGUCGUAGUGGACACCAUUGAUACUGCAAGGGAAUUAAAAUGGGAAUCCCAUCAUAACUUAGAUAACAAAUUGGUUACUUUGGAUGGUUCAGUUAUUCACAAAUCUGGUUUGAUGACUGCUGGUCAGCAAGAAAAUAAAUCACCUGGCUCCAUGAGAUGGGAUAAGACUGAAUGGAAGGCUCUCACCGAAAGAAAAGAUGAUCUCACAACAUCCUUGGCUAGUUUAGCAGAAGAGAGACCAAAAGAAAUUGAAAUUAAUAUGCUUAUGGAAGAAAUCCACCUGAUUGAGGAUAAGAUCCCAAUUUUGAGAAAUCAAACAUCAAACAUUGAAAGAAAGAUUAAUGAAAGGAAAUCAGAAAUUCAAUUUCACAAUGAUUUGAUAAAAGAAUUGGAAAAUAAUAUCAAAAACCAAAACUCUUCAAUGAAGGAUGUUGAUUCAAAAUUGAAUCAAACCCAUACAAAAAUUAAAAAGUUACAAGACAAAAUCUAUUCCGAAUUCUCUCGUAAACAUGGAUUCACAAAUGGUAUAACAGAUUAUGAAAACCUUCAUGGUUCUUCCUUGAGAAACAAAGCCAAAGAAAGAACUCAAUUCACUAAAACGAUUGCAUCCCUAACUAACCAAUUAGAGUUUCAAGAUGAUCGUCUUCGUGACAUAGAGGAAAGAGAAAAGAAGUUACGGGAAGAUUUGAUAAAACACAAUGAAAACCUUGCUACCGUUGAUGAACAAAUAGAAUCAAUCAAGAGUGUAUCAGAUGGUCUCGAAGCAGAGUUAGAUGUCACUCGCUCCGAAAAAGAGGCUGCAGUUAACGUUCUCCAAGAAAGUUUGAAAAGUUCUAAAUCCCUUGAGUCUACUGUUAAUGAAAUUGAAGGAGAAAUCAAAAAUAUGAAUAAAGCGAUUACCAACGUUGGUGAAGUUUUACUUAAAGUAGAUACUGAAAGGGUCAAUAUUUUGAAAAACUGUAAAAUUUCCAGUAUCGAUAUCCCUUUUAAAGAUGGGUUCUUGGAAUCCUUCUCUCUUAGUGAUGACACCGACACUUUGAUUAAAGAAGUUUACGAUAUAGAGUUGGAUUAUUCUUUAUUAAGUGAACGUUUACGUGAAAAUUUCAAUUUGAAAAUAGAAGCUGAAUUACAAGCAAGACUUGAAUCAGUAAUUGGUGAAUUGGAGCAACUCACACCAAAUGCCAAGGCUGUGGAAAGAUUGAAAGAAGUCGAAACAAAAUUGAAAUCAUUCGAUAAAGAUUUUACAAAAGCAAGACAAAAGGAGCAAAAAAUCGUUGAUGCUUUCAAUGAUGUAAGACAACGAAGAACCGACUUAUUUAUGAAUGCUUUUGAUCAUAUUUCUGGUGAAAUUGAUCUGAUUUACAAAGAAUUAACAAAAUCAGCUGCCUCGCCAUUAGGUGGAUCUGCUUACUUAACGUUGGAAGACGAAGACGAACCUUAUGGUGCUGGUAUAAAGUAUCAUGCUAUGCCUCCAAUGAAAAGAUUCAGAGAUAUGGAAUUAUUAUCGGGUGGUGAAAAAACCGUUGCAGCAUUAGCUUUAUUAUUUGCAAUCCAUUCCUAUCAACCAUCGCCAUUUUUCGUUCUUGACGAAGUUGAUGCUGCUUUGGAUAAUUCAAACGUCAACAAAGUUGCUAAUUACCUUAAAAAAUAUGCUGGACCAGAUUUCCAAUUUAUUGUCAUAUCUUUAAAGAGCUCUUUAUUUGAAAAAUCAGAUGCCCUUGUUGGUAUUUAUCGAGAACAAAAGGAAAACAGCUCCAAAACAGUCACUUUGGAUUUGAGAGAUUACCCUGAGGAAGAAACUCAAGUGCCUCUUACCGAUGCUGCAGCUUAGUUACUACAUAUUCUCUUCUUACGUAUCUUUUGAAUUGUUAGCUCUUUCACAUUUCUUUAAUCUUCAAAUUUUUUUUUCUCCGCUUCCAACCGCUUUCGAAACUAAUAUAUUUACGUGUUAAUGG